UAUCAGAAAAUAUAAUUGUACAAUAUUACUACCAGGGAACGGCUAGUGUUAAAAUAGACAACUUUUAAAAAUUAAAAUGUUGCUUUUACCUUGGAAAAAAAAGUAUCUAAAACAUCGACACAACAGAAAUUUGAAAUCAAUUCUUGGUUAAUUGGCAUCUUCAUUGUACAACUUUCUUUUUUGCAAAUAUCCUUGAAGUGAUUUUAUAAUAUAAAAACAUUAUAUUUUGAUGUGCUAUGCUUAGCAUAUUCCUGUUUUCCAAGAAACACCGUCCCUCUGCGAUAACAUAAUAAAUAAAUGACGUCACAAAGUGGUGAUGACGGCCAGAGACAGCGCGCGCUUCUCGCAUCCUCCUGAAUGUCUUAGCCGUUACCGGGACAACCAGAGGGGCUGGCCCGUACCACGUGACACAUUUGCCACUGUAGUAGCUGCUGUGUGUUUUUGUGCGUCGUUAGCGUUGAGUCGCCCUGCCGCCUACUACUACUGCUGUGUGUUCGGCCUGAGCAGAUAGCAGCAGAAGUAGAGCCUGUCCUCAGCUGCACAGAGCAAACCAGACAGAGACAGGCCGCUCAGUUAGGCAUGAAAGAUGGAGCCCUUAGCGGCGGGGGAUCGCAUUUUCGCCGCGGAAGCCAUAUUGAAACGGCGCGUCCGUAAGGGAAGACUUGAAUACUUGGUAAAAUGGAAAGGAUGGGCAAUGAAACACAGCACCUGGGAACCAGAGGAGAAUAUUCUGGAUGACAGACUGAUAAUGGGCUUCGAACAAAAGGAACGAGACAGAGAAAAGAGUGGUCCGAAGAAACGGGGACCAAAGCCUAAACAUUUCAUGAAGGCUCGUGGUCAGAAGAGAGAUCCCAGCAGCCAAAAUGCUAGCACUCGUCAGAGUGUGUCACGUUCAGCUUCCAGCCGAGCUGCUCCCUCCUCCUCCACCUCCACCUCCUCCUCCUCCGCCGCCGCCACACCUCAUCUGCCAUCUCUCUCAUCCUCUUCUUCUGCGAUUGGCCCCUCUCCCAAACUCAACUCCCUCGCUGCCACCCACAAGCUGAAAAAGGACAUUCACCGCUGCCACCGGAUGUCCAGGCGUCCUCUGCCCCGCUCAGACCCCAUGGCGUCUUCUUUCUCCAGCGCUGGAGGCCUCCCGUCACGCAUGCAUGUCUCCCCCUUCUCUGAAACCGUCCGCAUACUCAACCGCCGGGUCAAACCUCGAGAGGUAAAGAGAGGUCGAAUCAUCCUCAACUUGAAGGUCACAGACAAGCCAGGAAGAGGUGGCGCCUCUGCAGGCAGUAGGAAUGCUACUUCAGGACGCCAGAACAUCCCGUCACGCAAUCGCAUCAUUGGUAAAAAGGGAGAAGCCCCCUACAGACCCUUCCAACCUCCUCUGAAGAUGCUGGGUUUCCCGAUGUAUGGGAAGCCGUUUGGGCUGCAGUGUGGAGGCCCUGUGCCUUUCCACUCCAAUUCUGGGUCACGCUCCAGCGCGGCAGUCAGGAACAACCACGCUGCCGCCUCUCAGCUCAAGACUCCGCCUUCUCCUUCCAGUUCCAGCAGCUCUGAAGGAAAAUCUUCUCCCACGGUGGCCUCACAGUCCAGGCCUGGCUCUUCAGCCCCACCUUCCAGUCAUGAUCCUGAGCCCAGUGACCCCCCAACAGAGACUGAAAAGGGCCACGGUGCCAACAUUUCGGAUCCUUCGUUCACAUGUGAAAACACAGCGGUGCCCUCCUCACCCUUCCUCCCCUCCUCACCUUCGUCUUCUUUAGAAGACAGUGUGGAACAGGAAGAUAAAGAAGCUGUGGACAGCAACGAGCCUCACCAGUGCAAUGCUAAUAUUCCUUCACCCACCGCUGCUCCCGCGGCAGCUCCGCCAGCUAGCCAGAGCGCCAACCCCAGCGAACCACAGAGGGUUCCCGUAGAAGGUGACCCUGACUGGCACCCACAGAUUGGGCCAAGCUGCAAGGAUGUGGUGGUCACCGAUGUAACCACCAAUCUUGUCACCGUCACAAUAAAAGAGUUUCCCUCCCCGGCCUCUGGCCCCGCCUCCCCCUCUUCGGCCCCUGAAAAUGCCUCGCCCCCUCCCCCUGCCAUCUCCUCCGACGACCCUUCCCCGGCCAAGCCAUAAAAGAUGAAGAAGAAGAUAAUUG